GUGAGUUGGCUGAUGAACACAAACUCUGUGAGACUGCCUUCUCCCCAGCACGUUUCAUCUUUUCUCUCACCAGCCAUGAAUAUUAUCUGGGUCUGCAUCUCUUCACUUCUGGCUUUUUCUUCUGUUUUCUCUGAUCAAAACACAAGUAACAUAAGAGUUUUCCCUGCAGCUAAUCAGAGUAUAGCUGGUGUAGUCCAGGUGAGGUACCAAAACAACCAAAACCAGCUUCAGUACGCCUUCAAUGCCUCUGAAGCCCGGAAGAUCUGUCAGUCCCUCGGACUCAGCAUCGCUUCAAAGGCUCAGGUGAAGGAAGCUCUCAGCAGAGGUCUGGAAACAUGCAGGUUUGGGUGGACUGAUGAGCAAAUUGCAGUCAUUCCUCGAAUCCAUGCAUUGGCUAAUUGCGGCCAAAAUCAAACUGGACUGGUGCUGUGGCGCGCCUCCGUAACAAACCGGUUUGAUGUAUUCUGCUUUAACAAAUCAGAUGCAUUAAUACAAUUGAAGGACACAGUGACUGAUAACCCUCUGAGCAGCUCUGAGCAUGCAAACUCAGUAGACUCCAACCUCACAACCCAGUCUACGUCCUCAUCCUCCACCUAUCCUCCGUCCUUUACAUCAACUGAUGAAACCAUGAGCAAUGAGGCGGAGCCAGCCCGAUUUGUUGGCAGUCCUCAAACCUUUGCUGGAUCAAAAGCUGUGCUCAUCUCCUGCAUCUGUGGCCUGCUCUUUACCAUAAUAUCUUUUGUUGCAUACUUAAAACUAGGAAGGCACUGUCAUUCACGCUCUGACGAGAAGCAGCAGCAGCAGCAGCAAGAUCACACCCUGACAGAAGAGUGGAUAUCUGUGAAGACUAUUGCAGAAACCACUAAAGACAUUCAGGAGGAUCAGAGGAUAGAAGUGGACGAUGGGGAAGAAUAAACUUUUUUUUAACUAUGUUUGGAGGGGAAUGCAUAUGUACAUAUUUAAUAUUUUGUUUAAUCUGUCAGUCAGUGAUGUACAGUAGUUUAGCCACUAGAGGGACAUGUUUACAAACAUUUUGAUUAGGAACUUUUUAUUGUUAUGAUCACGCUUGAAUAAAGUACUGAAAUCUCA